GAAGGGUGGGCGAAGACCUCCUUAGAAAACUAGGAGAAGGGGGAAGGAUUCCCAGUAGACACUAGCAACUAUAGUUAUUAUUGAGCACUUAAGUUGGAAUAAAAGUCUUUGAUGUACGUUUGAUGUGCGUUUGAUGUACGUUAGAAAGGGGAAUCAGGUGGCGUUUCCCCUGCGCCCUCCUCCACAAGCUCGUGGUGCUGGAUCCGCUCCAGCCCCGCCCAGCUCCACGGCCGCCGCGGACGGGAGCUGACUGAGGUCAACUCAAGUCAUGCAGGUUGUAAGAAACGCUGGGUCUUGGCUCUUGCGGUCAUGGGCUUGGCCGCCGACGACCAGGAUCGUGGCCGGAGUGCCGGGCCCCACCAUCCACAUGAGCGCCCAACAGAUGCAGGACGCAGCGGCCAAGCAGGAGGUUGAGAAGGCGGAGACUCCGGCUCCAGCUCCGAGCCGCAGCAGCUUCAGCAUUUACCCUCCAGUUCCAGGACAGGAGAGCUCUCUGAGGUGGGCAGGAAAGAAAUUCGAGGAGAUCCCAAUCGCACACAUUAAAGCAUCUUACAACAAAAGACCCAAGAAGCUGUGGGAGGGAAACGGCGGCCGUAGCCAGGCCCACAGCAGAUGGCCCCAGCCCGGGGCUGGCUCCAGCAGGUCACCUUGUAACCACCCUCCACUUCCCCUGCUUCACACAGAUCCAGGUGGUCUCAGCCGCUCACCAGCCCCUUGCCCGCGCCUCUUGUGGCACAGAGGGGUUUCGGAAUGCCAAGAAGGGCACGGGCAUCGCAGCACAGACCGCAGGCAUAGCUGCCGCAGCGAAAGCUACGGGGAAAGGCGUGACCCACGUCCGAGUUGUGGUCAAGGGCCUGGGGCCCGGACGCUUGUCUGCCAUCAAGGGCCUGACCAUGGGGGGCCUGGAAGUGAUCUCAAUCACAGACAACACCCCCAUCCCACACAACGGCUGCCGCCCCAGGAAGGCACGGAGGCUGUGAGGGCCAGGAAUCCUGCACCCGCACCCAACAUCAAGUCCUGCCUCCAGCUGGGCCUCGUGGGAAGCGCGCUGUCCAAACUCUCCAGGCAGGGCUUGUUGAAACCCUUGGACAGUAAGGAAGAGCUUCACUUCCUCACUCGGUGGCCUUUGCUUGUUCCUCUGACUGGAGAGCAGUGUGGCCAGAACUGAGGCCGUGCCUCUCUUGGACACGAGGGGAGUUAAAGGGCAGCUUGACCCAGAUUCCCGGUAGUAAAUGCUGCUUCUCUUCUGAAAAAAUAAAAUUAUUUCCACCA